UAGGCUGGGCUGGGCAGGGGGAGCAAGCAAACGCGGAGGAGCAGCCGGACGCCGGGCUCCCUGCGUCGCCUCCUCCGAAGCCGCCAGCCGCGCGCCCCGACGCCGGAGAUGAGAAAGCGGCACGCAGGAGGUCUGAUGAGGCAGAGCGCUGCAUCAGUGACACCUUAGACUCACCUGUCCAGGACCCUCAGGCUGCCCUUAAUCCAGCUGUUCAAAAUAAGGCAGUGGAUUUGUUUGAAAUGAUUGAAAAAAUGCAGAAAAGUCGUUUGGAUGAGCAAAGAUGUUCGCUUCCAGCUCCGCUCAAGAGAGAAGAGGAGUAUAUCCCAUACCCCAGCAUCCAUGAGGUGUUACGGAGAGGGUGGCCCUACCCCCUUGUUAUCUUACCCCAGUUCGGGGGUUACUGGAUUGAAGGGACCUCCCACAAUCUUCCUAUCUCAGACCCAGCACUGCAUGACCUGCCAUCCCCUUGCAGUGGCAAAGUGAAGUUAGAGUGUGACCCAACAGCCAAAUUGUACCGCAAGCACUUCCUGGGAAAGGAACAUCAGACUUUUUACGCCAAUGACACAGCUUUGGGCUACUUGGUCCUUUCUGUGAAGUAUGAACAAGUUGAAAAGCAAGAUAACCUCCGUCUGCUGCUGAGGAUUCGCACCAGUACCAAGCAUGACUUGAUUCCUAUUUCCUGCCUGAAUGAGUUCCCCAAUGCUGUCCAAAUGGCAAAGCUGCUGUGUGAGGAUGUGAAUAUUGACCGCUUCUUUCCGGUGCUAUAUCCUAAGGCUUCCCAACUCAUUGUUGCAUUUGAUGAACAUGUCAUCAGCAAUAACUUCAAGUUUGGAGUCAUCUACCAGAAACCUGGGCAGACCACAGAGGAAGAAGUCUUCAGUAAUACUGAAGAGAGUCUGGGAUUUUUAGAGUUUUUAGAUUUCCUUGGAGACAGAAUCCAGCUGCAGGAUUUCCGUGGCUUCCGAGGUGGCUUGGAUGUUACUAGAGGUCAAACAGGGACAGAGUCUGUCUACACAAAUUUCCGGGGCAAAGAGAUCAUGUUCCACAUCUCUACAAUGUUACCCUUCACAGAGGGAGAUGCCCAACAGCUUCAGCGGAAGCGUCAUAUUGGGAACGAUAUUGUGGCCAUUGUCUUCCAGGAUGAGAAUACUCCCUUUGUCCCUGACAUGAUUGCGUCCAACUUCCUGCACGCCUAUGUGGUAGUGCAGCUCCAUCACAAUGCCCUUGGGGAGACUCUCUACAAGGUUUCUGUUACAGCUCGUGAUGACGUGCCCUUCUUUGGUCCCUCUCUCCCAAAUCCAGCAGUGUUCAAAAAGGGCACAGAGUUCCGUGAAUUUCUUCUGACAAAGCUUAUAAAUGCAGAGUACAGCUGCUACCAGGCUGAGAAAUUUGCUAAGCUGGAGGAGCGGACCCGCAGUGCCCUCCUGGAGAGCCUUUAUGAGGAGUUGCAGAUUCGUAGCUGCAAUAUGAUGGGCUUGGCCUCCAGCGAUGAUGACAAAAUGGAAAAUGGGGGUGGUGGCUUCUUUGAGAAUUUCAAGCGGGUGAUCCGGGGCCGUAGCCAGAGCCUGGAUACCAUGGGGAUAGCCAUGAGGAAGCAGCAGCAGCAGCAGCAGCCAUCAACUCCACCCAAUCGCCCAGCUACUGCUGGUCUUGCCCUCAACCAGAGUGUCGCCGAGGGCCCCAAGGCUAUUGCUGCGUCCUUUGCCCUACCUGGGAGAAGCCCGUCACGCAACCAAGGUAGCCGCUUCAAUGGGCGACGCAGUAGUGCCAUUGGCAUUGAGAACAUUCAAGAGGAGAAAAGCAAAGACGUUGCUGAAAGAAUACAGAAAGUAUUAGAGAGUCCAGGACCCUUCUUCGACCUCAAGUCAGAUGGUUCCUCCAGUCCCAGCUCCCCAGAAUUCCCCAACAGGAAGAACAAAGCCCUCUCCAGUCAGACAUCGGGGUAUUGUGCGAUGCAACCCCUGUCCCGUUCCUCAUCCAAUGUGAGCAGCUGUUGUAGCGGAGUGAGAGAAAAUGAAACAUCAGAGGAGGACGAGAAUGAGGCGGAGUUGAUGUGUUCCUUUGAAGGUCCCCAGAAGCAGGACUCACUGGUUCAGAGUGCAUGGUUAGACGAUACUGUCUGUACACCCAGCAGUACCAGCUCACCAGUAACUCAGCUGCUCCCUACUAGCAGUGCUGCAGGCUCCAUGGAGAAGGGGAAAGGCAGCAAAGUGGAUGCUCAUCGUUACAGUCCAGCCUCCAUUUUGUGCUGUGUGUGAUGUCAUCGCUGGAGGGGUAUCUCAGUGCAUGCUGGGUAAUUCUCAGGACUUGCUGCUGAAGUGAGACCUGACGUUUGGAGGAGAUGGAUACUGGAUUCCCAGAAACACCUAUCUUUCUGCUUCAUUCAGUGACACCUGCACCACAGGCAGUAAGGAACCAACCACAAAGUCCAAAUGUAGCAUUUGCUCAUCCACAUAUCUUUCUAGUUCAGCAACCUCAGGAGGCCAUAUCAGAUGGGGGAGAGGGUCUCCUAUCUGCCAUAAUUUCAGAAGCAAAGAAGAGGAGCAUGCUUUUGCUGUCUCUUCUCUUUAUUGCUGAAAUUCCAGUAUCCAAGAUGUGUCUCACAGGGCCUUCUCAGGAAGGCUGCAUUUGUAUUCAUUCUUCAGAAUACAGGCUUGAAAAACUUAGGAAUAAAGACGUCUUCACUCCAAGGUUUACACCUGGUAUGUAAGGAUGCUUCACCUGCAUUAUGCAGCAUAUGUACCUUGUGCCAAAGUGCACAUGUGUUUGAUAGUGGGAGGGGUUUGCAUUCAUUUCAUCAUUCAUGGGAUUCACUAGGUCUUUGUUUGGUAUUUCACUGUAAAACACUCCCUCCACACACACAUUUUCCCUUUGUCUCUGUGCCAUCAAGAACCUGUAAAUGUGAAUCUGUGACCCUUGCUCCAUGCUUGUUGUCUCUGUGGUGUCUUGGGCUUGCAAUAAAAAACUACUG